AUGACUGCUUGUCCUGAAACCCCCAAAAAACAAUUUUAUAACAACCCAAAUAGUUUUGAAGAUUCAGAUUUUUAUAAUAUUGAAUUCAAUAGUUUAUUGUUUGGUCCAAUUCAAAAUCAAAAGUAUUUAUAUGAUCCAUAUUUUUAUCAACUAAAGAAAUUAGAAUGGGAAGAAAAUAAUUUAAUGUUAAACUAUAGAAAUAAUAAUAAUAAUAACAACAAUAAUAAUAGUUUUACAAAUAUUAAUAAACUACCACCAAAGGCAACUAAAUCAACAAAACUAAAUUAUGAUUAG